CCCCUUCUCUCUCUGCACCUCAAAACACUGCAGUACUUUCCCUAUCAACACUCCCCUGUCCUUUCUCUGUCCCUCUCACCUUCCAAAACCCAACACCACCUUCCAUUUCUCUCUUCCUUCCUUCUUCCUCUUCCUCUUCUUCUUCUAUGUAACCUUGACUCACUUUCAACUCCAGCACCACUGAAAAAUGGGUUGCUUACAGUCCAAAACCGCCCACCUCCACUCCCCCGACGACCCCUCUCCUCUUCCCGAGCCUCUCAAACCCGACCCGGCUGAUGGGGAUCAAGCUGAAGUUGGGGACCAAGUCCCGGCGUUUAAGGAGUACAGUUUAAACGAGCUGAGGAAGGCCACGAAUGGGUUCAUCUCAGAGUUCAUAGUUUCCGAGAGUGGCGAGAAAGCCCCAAAUGUAGUUUACAAAGGGAAGCUUGAAAACAAUCGCCUUGUUGCUGUUAAACGCUUCUCCAAGCAGUCUUGGCCUGACGCUCAGCAGUUUGUGGCUGAGGCUGCGGGAGUUGGGAAGUUGAGGCAUAAGAGAUUAGUGAAUCUGAUUGGUUGCUGUGCUGAAGGAGAAGAACGCCUCUUGGUGGCUCAGUACAUGCCCAAUGAUACUCUUUCCAAGCAUCUCUUUCAUUGGGAUAAGCAGCCAUUGCCAUGGGAAAUGCGUGUCAGAGUUGCGCAUUAUAUUGUCCAGGCACUUGAUCAUUGUAACACAGAAAAUCGGAAGAUCUAUCAUGAUUUGAAUGCAUAUAGAGUUCUAUUUGACGAGGAUGGUGACCCUCGCUUGUCUAGUUUUGGCCUCAUGAAAAACAGCCGCGAUGGAAAAAGCUACAGUACUAAUUUAGCUUACACUCCGCCUGAGUUUUUACGGACAGGCAGGGUCAUCCCAGAGAGUGUUAUCUACAGUUAUGGAACUGUCCUAUUGGACCUUUUGAGUGGAAAACAUAUUCCUCCGCUCCAUGCACUAGAUCUCAUAAGGGGACAGAAUGUAUUGUUGUUGAUGGAUUCAUCGUUGGAAGGAAAGUAUGAGAAUGAUGAUGCUACCAAAUUGGUUGAACUUGCUUCCAAAUGUCUUCAGUCUGAGGCUAGGGAUAGGGGAGAUAUUAAGUGUCUUCUCACAGCUGUAGCACCUCUCCAAAAGAAAGAGGUGGCAUCUCAUGUUUUAAUGGGCCUCCCAAAUAACAAAAAUACAGUUGUGGUGCCAACCAUGCUUUCUCCUCUGGGCAAGGCUUGUGCAAGGAUGGAUUUUAGUGAUGUCCAUGAUAUUCUGCUAAAAACAGGUUAUAGAGAUGAAGAAGGUGCAGAAAAUGAGCUUUCAUUUCAAGAAUGGACACAGCAGGUCCAAGACAUGUUGAACACAAAAAAAUUUGGAGAUAUUGCAUUUAGAGACAAGGAUUUCAAGAAUGCAAUAGAGUAUUAUUCCAAGUUGAUUGGUAUGAUGUCUGUUCCUUCUGCAACUGUGUUUGCAAGAAGAGCCUUCUCCUACUUAAUGAAUGGCCAAGCAGAACUCGCUUUGAGAGAUGCCAUGCAGGCCCAGGUUUGCAUACCAGAGUGGCCAACUGCAUUCUACUUGCAGGCCCUGGCGCUCUCAAAGCUUGGAAUGGAGACUGAUGCUCAGGACAUGCUUAAUGAUGGAGCAGCCUUUGAAGCAAAGAGACACAGCAUCUGGCGGGGCUGAAAUUAUAAGGUGUAUUGUUAUAUACUCAAAAAUCAAUUGGCCCCCUUCAUCAUAGCUACUGCUGGAAAAAAAUGACUAGACUAGAAGGUACUAGGCAAAUGUGUAAUGUGGUUGAUAGAAUUCUACAUUCUGAUUGUAUCCAUAAGCUUUCUUCUUUAUACUGCAGUUCCAUAAGAAAUAAGGGUGCCAGAUAUUUAGCUGUUAUAUUUCAACAUUUUAUUUAGUUGAUCAUCUGGUAAUGGGACACAUUGACAGUAACCACUUCCAGUGAGAACUCACAGA